GGAGAGACACUGAGGCGUGUUGUGGUGGCCUCGUUCUAUAUAUGAAACCGUUGCAGAGCACAGGAGGAGGGACUCGAAUUUUCUCAACCACCCACCACAUACACACAACUCACACACUUUCUCUGCGUGCAAGCCAAACCAAUAUCCAACCUCAUCGAUCAUCUCCCUUCUUGUACGGGAUCAAAACCCCAUCUCUCUCUCUCUCUCUCUCUCUCUCGAUUGGGUUUGCUUUGUUAUAUAUUGGAUUGGAGAGGUAGGGUGGUGACUUGAGCUUCUUUAUUACCUCACUCUGCAUGUGAAUCCUCUCUCUCUGCCUAAACCAAAAACUUUCUCUCUCUCUACUCUUCAAUAUCCCUCUCUCUCUAAAAAAACAGUGUUUUCUUGCAAAUUGAGGAGUGUUUGAUUGAUUGCAUGAACUGAUGGAUCCGGCAAGUGGACAACAACAACACCAGGAAAUGUCAGCUGAAUCACUGGACAUGCUGGUCUGCUCAAAAUCCCAACAGCAGCAGCAAGACAGGAAGCCCAGGCCUCAGCCAGAACAAGCCCUAAAGUGUCCAAGAUGUGACUCCACAAACACGAAGUUCUGUUACUACAACAACUACAGCCUCUCUCAGCCCAGGUACUUCUGCAAGUCCUGCAGAAGGUACUGGACCAAAGGUGGCACCCUCAGGAACGUUCCUGUGGGUGGAGGCUGCAGGAAGAACAAGAGAUCAUCGUCAACGAAACGAGCUCAGGACCAACCGCUCACACCCAAUUCCAACCCACUCCCAGCCCUAGGUUAUGACUCAAAUGACCUCACCCUUGCAUUUGCUAGGCUCCAAAGGCAACAAUCAUGUGGUGGGCAGUUAGGAUUUGAUGACCAUGACCACAUUACUCUCUUGGGAAAUCCCACAAAUGCCCCUGAUCAUAACAUUCUUGGAAACCCUACUUCAGCUCCUGGGUUUCUUGAUGCACUGAGGACUGGGUUUCUUGAGACCCACAAUGGUAAUUUCGAGAACUUGUAUAACUAUGGGUAUGGGAAUGGGAAUGGGAAUUUGGGUGAGGUGGAAGAUUGUGGUGGCGGAAUGGGAAUCCACCACCCAUUUGAAGAAGCCACCACCAACUCAACCACCACAGCAGUGACAGUUACAACAAUGAAGCAAGAACUGUUCAAUGGCCAAAGUGAGAGCAGCAACAAAGUUCUGUGGGGGUUUCCAUGGCAGAUGAACGGUGGAGAUCAUCAUUCAAACAUGGUGGGGAAUGGUAAUCACGAGUAUGAUUCAGGAAGAGAGAGCUGGAAUGGGAUUGCUUCAUCUUGGCAGCAUGGACUUCUGCACACUACUCCCCUCGUGUAAUAAAAACGCUUGAGCAGCAAGGUUUUUUUAUUUAGUGUGUUGGUGAUCACCAAGAAACAAAAACUACGAGAAAAGCAUAGGUUUUAAUUUAAUUUGUUCACUUAAUUAUCAGACUUAAAUGUCAGUUUUAGUGCUUUUAAGUUUUGUACUAAUUAGUUAUAACUUAUAUAUCUUUUGUAUUUCCAUCUA